AUGCUUUCUUACGCAUUCUCUAAAUGUCCUUCACCCGGUAAUCAUGUUAGUUUAGAUGAAAGGAAUUAUGAAGAACAUGACAUACCUUUCUCUGAUUUUCCUAAUAGUCCUUCUCAUUUUUAUAUGUGGUCUAAAUUUUGUAUGCAUGGCCAUCAUCUUCGCAGAAAUGUCGAGGAUUUGUUGGUAAAUCUCGACUCUGUUUGUCUAGACUCGGUGUGGUUUCCUGAAACAGCUAAAAUUCUUUACGAAUGUGCUGUUCAUUUGAGUGCAAACCACCAGCAGGAAGAAGCAAAGCGCACUUUGAACUUUGCUUAUCGUAUAUUAGACUGGCUGCCUUUAGCAGGGUAUGAGAUGACUGAAGAUUACAAUAAACCUUUCGAUCCCUUGUUGCUUACUAGUCGUUCAAUGGUUUUCAUAAAAUUGGAGCAAUGGGAAAAUGCUUUAAAAGAUGCGAAUGAUUACAUAACCCGCUGUCCAUAUUGCUGGAGGGGUUAUGCUUUGAAAGCUCUGGCACUUGAUGGCUUGAAUAAGGAAGUCACUGCUGACCUGAAUGAUAAAGCCAGUGCUGAAAUAGCAGCUGCUUUAGCUUUUUAUUACAAUAAGAAUAUUUUCGCUAACUUCCUUCCUUUUGCAGAAUCUUUUGUGGACUUGCAAAGCCGCAUUUUUAUAUGUGAUUGUUUGGAUGAACUGUUAGAUGCGAUGUUUUCACAGGAAGUAGAAACGGAUUUUUUGAAGAUCUUGGUUUUGGGAUCAGAAGAAUAUAUUUUAAAUUCUGAAACCGUUGGAAAACCUUGGAACAACUGUAUUCUAGUUGGUACGGGGAAAAAUUGUUCUGUGUCUUUGAAGUCAAACUAUGACAUUUCCUUGUUGAAAUGCAUGCUUACAAAUUUGUCAUUCAGUUUUAAUAAAUGUCAGUUGUAUUGUUUACGUGAUUCGUUUGUCAAGAUCCUUAACUGUAACUUUAGUUCGAAUGAUGAUUUUGAAACUAUAAAAACUGAGGGGGUGUUCAAUGCAGAACGAUGCAGUUUUACAAGAAGUCCACUGCUAUGUGGUAAACAAAGUCGUGCAGUUGUUCAUGAUUGUUCGUUUUGUAACAAUGCGAGAAGUGGGUUAUGUGUGACGUAUGGAGGGACGUUGAAAAUGGAAACCAGUCGCAUCUAUAAUAAUGGCGGUCAUGGGUUGUUCGUUAAAGAAUCAGAGUGUGCUGCAGUUAAUUGUGAUAUUCACGGGAAUGGUAGGAAUGGGGUCGAUCUCCGCGAUUCAAAAAAUGUCACGCUGAUACGUAAUAAUGUUUAUAAGAAUAAUAAGACUGGAAUAUAUAUAGCAGCUUCUCUGGCGCAUGUCAGAGAGAACAACUUGUUUGAUAACGGCAUGUGGGGAAUUUUGGCCCAGAUGAUUCCAUGGUGCAAAAUAUCGAUGAAUAAAAUUUUUCGCAACAAAACUGGGGGAGUUAGUAUGCAAUUUGAGCCUGAAAGGAAAAUGUUUUCUCCACCUGUUGUCGAACUGAAUGAAGUUUGUCAUAAUUGUGGUCCAGGACUUAUGGUAAAUUUCGAAACUAUUAAAGUCGCAGAAUCGGGGUAUUUGAAUUCUCCCAGUUCCUUUCAAUCGGCCAAAUUCCAGAAUAACGAAGUGCACCAUAACAAAGAAAAUGAAAAUGAUAGUAAGUUGAAUUUGUCCAUCCCAUAUUGCUCGUAUUGUCGUGUGAAUUGCAAACCGAAAAUGUGCGAAAAGUGCUUCACCACUGCGUAUUGCAGCGAAUCUUGCCAGGAAAACCAUUAUUCGAAGCAUAAGAACAUUUGCAAAGUUUUACGUGAGAAGUCAAGCUAUUUGAUCACUUCCGCGGUAGAGGCUCACGAGGCCGAUAUACAACUUUGCGAUCGAAAAGUAUAUUUAGAUCCUGGCGAAUUUGGUCCAAAGCUCGCUUCCCCUCCACGAGAUGACAUGAGGUUUGUUGUAAAAGUUCACAAUGCAUAUAAUUCUUGGGUUCAGGGGUGGUACGGUAUGGUUCUGCACGACCGUAAUCGUGAAAUUAGCGUGGGAUUUGAUUCCAAAGUUAUUGAACAACUUCUAGAAGAGUUUGGUGUGCUAUGCAGACAUAACGAUAUUGAGAAAAAGCUUUUCUUUCACUGCCUUUUUGAAGACAACGGUCAACUUCGACUAUUCACGAAUGAGUUUGCUGAAUUUCAAAACUGGUGA